GCAGGGAUUUGCAUUGUCGGUCGCCCAUGGAAGGUACAUGUCCCUGGCUCUUUGAGGUCUAGAAGGAGAACUCUGUAUGGCCCCUGGCGUUCUUAUGACUUCUGCCCAGCUUGGUGUAAAAGUUGAGAACUCUUCUUUCGGCAAGGCUACCAUGCAGACCAGUCUAAAGAUGGCAGUGGAGGAAGAAAUUGAAAAGCCCAGGACUAAUGCUGCUAUCCUGCCCUUCAGUGUGGAGGCAUUGAUGGCUGACAAGAAACCAGGGAGAGACCUCUCCAGCCCAGCAGUGUCCCCACUGGCCGGCACAUCUCAUAGCCCUAGGAUGGGCUCACUGGCAGCAAUAGACACCCCCGGCUCCCCUAUGUCUCUGAACAGCCAUUACUCUGUCGGAGGGAUCAUGAAACUCUCAGAAGAAGCACUUGUCAAAUCCGAGAGCCCUGACGGACAAGACAGGAACCCCUGGAUGCAAAGCUCCAGAUUCUCCCCUUCUCCUACAAGAAGGUUGAGCCCACCAGCCUGCACCCUGAGAAAACACAAAACGAACAGGAAGCCCAGGACACCUUUUACCACCUCUCAGCUGCUGGCCCUGGAAAGGAAAUUCAGACAGAAGCAAUAUCUGUCCAUAGCAGAAAGAGCAGAAUUCUCCAGUUCCCUCAACCUCACUGAGACUCAGGUGAAGAUCUGGUUCCAAAACAGGAGAGCAAAGGCCAAGAGGCUGCAGGAGGCAGAACUGGAGAAACUAAAAAUGGCAGCCAAGCCUAUGUUACCCCCAGCUUUUGGGAUAUCCUUCCCACUUGGGACAUCACUACCUACAUCCUCGUUGUAUGGAACCUCACAUCCUUUCCACAGGCCAAGUCUCCCCUUGUCACCUAUGGGACUUUACACAGCACAUGUAGGAUACAGCAUGUACCACCUCUCCUAGACUCCUUGUGAUCUCAGUCACAGACUCUUGGCAAAAUAACUUUUACCCACACCAUAACCUUGUGUAACUAUUUAUGAGUUCCUAGGGAAUUCAUCUUCAGAAAUAGCAUGUCACUCCAACAUGUAUACCAUUAUCGCCUUGUCAGCUGUGUCUGGUUAGUG